AUGACUGAAAAAUAUCAAAAUAUAUCAAAUAACAGGGAUAAUGGUACACGCAUGUCUAGAACAGGAUCCAUUAUAGGUCCGAGGCCGCUUCCUCCCAGUCAUUCUCAAAGAAAUUAUAGUGAUAGAGUGUCUGAAGAGUAUUCUGACUCUUUAACACCAGAGCGAUCUCGUUCUGUUACACCUGAUCCACCAUUUCCACCCUUGAUUUCUCCUAAACCGCACAAACCUAUGCCUACAGUAACAAAGAACAUUACUAAUGCUAUAGAAACUCAAUAUUCUAAAGAUAUUAAUGAAAGCGAAAUAUCGACAGAAUUCAAUGAAAAUGUAUCAAGCAGUAGUCAAGAUCAAGCAAGUCAAAAUCAUAAUACAUAUUCUCGACGACCACCUUCGCCACAAAGCCCACCUCUUCUAACUCAACCUAUAAAUUUUGGUAAUUCACCUCAGUUUCAACAGCCUAAACAAGCACAACAACCGCCAUAUCAACAUCAACAGUAUAUACAACAUCAGCAAUAUAUGCAGCCGCAUUAUGGACAAUAUCCUCCACGAUUUAGCGGUCAUCAAUAUCAUAUUCAGUCAGAUCCACAAUUUUCUCAAGAUCCACAAUUUUCGCAAAAUCCACAAAUUCCUCAAGAUCCACAAAAUCCACAAAAUACUCAAAAUCCGCAAAUUCCUCGAAAUUCUGAUAAUACAACAAAUCCAAAACAAUCCAUGAUUACAGGUGCAAAUCCGAUACAUCCUCAAUAUCAGUUUUCCAAUAUACCACAACAAUCUCGUGCAAAAAACCCAAAUCUACAAAUAUCUGCAAAUUAUACUGGUUCUUCUGCAGAAACAUCUUCAUUUCAACAUAAUCCACAGCAAUUCGAUCAACAUAAUUCAGAGUCUUCAGCCACACCAGCAUGGGGUUUACAACCUCCACAAAAUCAUUAUAUGCCAUAUUCUGAAGCUAUACCUCAUUCUUCUUACGAUAAUUAUAAACAUACAUCUUUACUACCUAACAUGUUAUCCCCUGGUCAUAAUAUUGGCCCUAAUGGUGCUAAUUUACCUGGGGUUACUAGAAAUAGUUGGAGUGUAGGAUCAACUUCUCCUAUUCCUGAUCGUAGAUCUUCAAAAUCUCCAUUACGUUUGUUAAUUGAUGAAAAAAUUGAAAAAAGACAGACUGCUACUUCAAAAACACUUGCAUCUGAUGAAAGUGCAAUACAAAAAUAUCGUGAGGCUGCUAAGAAAACAAAUAAUCCCUCUACUCAAAUUCAAUACGCUAAAUUCCUUUUACAUAUGGUUGAACUCCGAAAUGCAAAUAAUGCAAAAAAUCCUGAGAUAAAUAUUGAAGAAGAAUCUACAAC